GUGAACUUCACAGUAGACCAGAUCCGGGCCAUCAUGGAUAAAAAGGCCAACAUCCGGAACAUGUCAGUGAUUGCCCACGUGGAUCAUGGAAAAUCCACUCUCACCGACUCGCUGGUAUGCAAAGCUGGGAUCAUCGCCUCGUCCCGUGCUGGAGAGACCCGUUUCACCGACACGAGGAAAGACGAGCAAGAGAGAUGCAUUACCAUCAAGUCGACGGCCAUUUCCCUCUUCUACGAGCUCUCAGAGCACGACUUGGCCUUCAUCAAGCAAAGCAAAGAUGGCUGCGGGUUCCUGAUCAACCUAAUCGAUUCCCCUGGCCACGUGGAUUUUUCUUCAGAAGUUACAGCUGCCCUACGGGUCACCGACGGUGCCUUGGUUGUUGUGGAUUGUGUUUCCGGUAAGAAACUGGCUUCCCACUUCCCCCUUGGGACCCUGAGCUUUGCUGGAGGGUGUGGGCGAUGCUAA